CCCCCCUCCCCUUAACCCCACCCCCUCCCCUUAACCCCCCGCCCCUCCCGCGAGGGUGGGGCUGCUCACGUGACCGGCGCGAGUCAUUCGGCGCGAGGCACAGCGGCUGGACUUGCAGCAAAGACGACGAGCUGAACCCGCUUUGACCUCUGACCGAGCCACCACCACAGACGUCAAGAUGGCCGUGGAAGGAGCCAGCAAAUGCGUGAAAUAUCUCCUGUUCGUGUUCAACCUUCUCUUCUUCGUGUCCGGCUUGGGCCUCGUGAUCGUGGGGGCACUGGCGCAGGCCCACGUGGGGGCCUUCGGGAAGCUUUCGGACAACGCCACCACAGGGGCCCCCGUCCUCCUCAUCGUCGUCGGCUCCAUCAUCUUCGUCGUCGCCUUCUUCGGCUGCUUCGGCUCCAUCAAGGAGAACCGCUGCAUGCUGGGAACGUUCACGGCGUUGCUGGUGAUCAUCUUGCUCGUGGAGAUCGCUGCCGGCAUCGCCGCCUUUGUCUUCAAGGACAAGAUCAAAGGCUACUUCACCAAGGACCUCGAGGCCCUGUACAACAAAUACCCCGGCAAGGCCGGCGAGGCCAAGAUCAUCGACGACAUGCAGCAGAAGCUCCAGUGCUGCGGCGCUUUAAACUACACGGAGUGGUUGAAUUACACCACCUGGAAUAAUGUACAGGAGCAUCGUGGCAGCACUCCAGACUCCUGCUGCAUACAAGUAACAACUGACUGUGGCAAGGGCAAGGCACUAGAGGCGGUCCCACAGAAUAUCUUCACAAAGCCCUGUGUGCCGGAGCUCGAGAAGACGCUGCAUGAUAGCCUCGUGUGGAUCGGAGCCGUCGUUCUUGGCAUAGGUCUGGCCCAGAUAAUCGGUGUCAUGCUGGCCUGCUGCCUCAUGAAGGGGAUCAAGGACACGUACGAGACCUUCUAGCCCACACGCCGCCACGGCCCCCGACGCCUGUCGCCCACCCCCCUACCCUCCCUCUGUCCUCGUGUCCCCAACACGAUACCAAAUCCCUCACCAUCAACCUCCUUCACUAUCAGUCCCUCUGGAGUUUACCACCCUCCUGCUCUGCUUCCCCUGAGAGGGCAGUGCGGGCGUUGCACUCCGCUCUGCGUUUAAAUCGUCUGUGCACCCCCCCCCCCGAAGGGCCAGCGUUACUUCUCCCAUGGGUCCCUGUGGCCACAGCUCAAUUCGGUUCUGCCAGAGGUGGCACAUCUUGCUUGUUGCGAUCGCUGCGUUGUUGCUGCUGCUUCUGCUGCUGUUGUUGUACGGCUUCGUGAAUAGCAACUUAAUACCGCUCACCGUGAAUGUCCAAUAAUAAUAGCGACAGAUUGUGCGUUAACUUGCUUGUCAAACAGCGUUAGUGCAUACUGUGCUUUAUUGAUGGUGUAGAGAUGUUGGCACAGCUCAAGGGUUGCUAUCUCAAGGUGGGACCGUGGCCGCGGGUUGAGGGGGAGCAGGGGGUCUCCCCCCAUCACGGGGACAUCAGACGGAGGCGGGGAGGAUUGGGAGAGAGCGGGCAGGGGUUUGUGAGAGCGACUGGGCCAUGGCCUCGCACUGUAAACACCAGCAGUGAGAAUCGAGUGAGAUGUUCCAUCGGUGUGAUCGGGAUUGGAGAUUCGGAUCAGGCUUGGCUGUGCAUUUUAUGGCUUGGCCCAAUUUGGUUUGGGUUGGGUAGGACCCCCCCGAUUCGCUGAUGCCAUCAUAGAAACGGCUCUCGAGCUCGUGUCUCAUUGGCUAGUACGCUAUCUCCCUGACCCCCCUGACCCCACCCCCUAACAGAUUGCACUUACCCCUCCUGUUGCCAGGUGUGACUGUACACCAAUUGCUUUUCGCUGCACGCAUAUUCACAGCCUCUUCAUAGUGAUGGCCAACCAUGGCCCUCUCCUGGCCACGGUGGAUCUGAACCCACAAAUGCCACAGCUCCCUUCCCACCUUCCUUCCAGCUGCAUUCCUACCGCUCUACCCCCUUAUACGACUUAACAAAACAUUCCAGCUUGUAUAAGUAGACAAAAUAACAUAACCUCGUUUAGUGAUAUUUUCUCGUAUAAUUUGAAUGUAAUUGUACUUUCUGUGCUUGCGUAGACUAGUGUCAUUGCUUAAAACUAUAGUAAGAGCUAUAUCUGUAAAGUCCCACGGGAAAAUCCACAUCUUGAUGACGGUGGUGGCACGUUGCGAUCUCUACGAAGGUCAAACGCAUUGGAUCUCGCAUCUUCGUGUUGCGCGUGCCACUGUCCGAGACGGUGAGAGCGAGAGGAAUAAAUCUGCGGACCCAUUGAGAUCUAUUAUUCAACAACUUGACCCUCGGAGAUUUAUUCUAGCAGAGCAGUACUGCACCGACUACCCAAAGAUGGUCACGCACGUGGGCCAGCCAUUGCAGUAGCCAUGUGGACUCGCGGUGGCGAUUGUUGCCGAACAACGCCGCGGUUUGACAAGACUCCCAACAACGUCGUGAGUUCACAUCCUGGUCGCGGGGGUCGACUCAUAGACCACCCCCAACCCGUGUGCGUCACCCGCAUCACUUCACUAAGAUUAAACCGACUUUCAGAGUCGCGAUUCGAUUCCGGAAUUCCCUUCUGCCACUGGUUGGGCCUGCAUGUAGACUGAGUCGUAGCUGCAGUGUUUAUGCGAAUCCAACCUGCUGUCAUGCGGUUGUUAGGUGCGUGACGCGAGCGGAAGAAUGGGACCCCAUUGAGAGGCACUCGCUCUCACGAUCUUGAGUGUCGCUGCUGUCGAGCUUAACGCAGGCACCCGCCUCCACGCGGUGCCGAACCCUGAGGUGUGCGGAGCACGGCGGUGUAAACUCAACCCUGGCCUCCGUUUGAUAAAUAAAUAAUAAAGGCAUGGUCUAUUCGGG